AGAAACCAUUGGAAAUUUGGCCCUCUUGGAAUUGCUCAAGACUCUACACAAGUGAAAAGCUCUCAAUUCUCCUACAUUUCCCGUUCUCAGAAAUUAAAAAUCUGCACUGUGGCGUCUGCAAUUCGCGGCCAAACCUCACAACAAACGCGACGUGAACCAACAACAACAACCUCAAUCUCAUCAACAUUUCAUCAUGGCCGGACCUGGUGAUAUGACUACCCUUAUUGGACGUCUUGCCUCUUUCGAGAGUGCUCAGCAAGUGCCCAAAAGACGCUCCUCCUCCACCCGUAAGAAGGCUGCGGCCGCUUCAACCGUGACGUGGCCUCAUUCCUCACCAGCACCUGAAGAGCUUGCUCAUGCUGGAUUCUAUUGGAAGCCACUACCAGACUGCCUUGAUAACGUCAGAUGCUUUCAGUGCGAUGCAAACAUUGAUGGCUGGGAAUCUACUGACAAUCCUACUGAUGAACACCUCGCCCUCUCACCUCACUGUGCUUGGGCAAUCAUUCAAGGAAUUCGUAUGCGCAUCGACAAUGCAGACAGAGUCGAAGAUGAUCCGAUGUCGGAGGCUAUGCUUGAGGCUCGCAUUGCAACCUUUGGAGGUCGCUGGCCAUAUGAGAAGAAGAAGGCCUGGAAGCCUAAAACUAAGAAGCUUGCCCAAGCAGGCUGGUUCUACGACCCAAGCCCUACUGAUCCUGAUGGCACCUCUUGCGCAUAUUGCAGUCUCUCUCUCGAUGGCUGGGAACAGAAGGACGACCCUGCGGAAGAACAUAAGCGCAGAUCACCAGACUGCCCUUUCUUUGCGAUGACUGAACAGAAGAAGACUAAAGCCGGUCCCUCGAAAGCAAAGAAGCUCUCCACCGCAUCUAGCCGUGCCUCCCCUACUCGUGCGGGCACCAAGCGCACCCGUGACGGCACUCCAAAGGAGCCAACUCCAGAGCUAGACCUCUCAUUCAACAUUGAUGAGCUCGAUGGCCAGUCGUCGGACAUCAUGUGUACUACUCCACAGCUGUCUUGGACUGCCAUCGACGUAGAGAACAUCAUGCUCAUGGAGCCGAUUAAGAGCCGAUUUGAAAAUGUCGUGGGUGACAUCAGAAACCACCUUACCGCGGCUGAAAAAGCAAUGACCGUCGCUGAAUUCGUGGAACACACUGCAGAGAUUGCUGAAAAGCGCUUUUUGGAGCAGGCAGAGAAGGCUAUCUUGGCCUUCGAGGCGGAAGGAUUGAGAGCCAUACGUGUCUUGGAAGGUUUGAAAGUGGUAUGAGGGGUCGGUUUUGCAUAAAUUUUUGGGCAGGGCGCGUCGGUUUAAAAGAUACCCAUUGUAGCGUUCAGCGAUUGUAAACAACAAGCAUGAUAUCAACAUGUUCAUUCACCG